UGGCCGUCCGGGUUGCGCGCGCGCCGCUGCGGCUUUUUUUUUUUUUUCCACUGCCCUCCGCGGCGCGCCCCUCCUUGCACGGCAGCUCUGGAGCUAGCGGGCACGCGGGUGCUCUCCGUGAGCUUCCUUCCCCUUAAGGCCGGACCGAGCGGCGGAGACGUGGUGGACCAGGCAGCAACCUUUGUGUACUGGAGGCAUCUUUGAGGAUUGGUGACGAUAAUCAAAUCACUGGAGAUAUUCCUGUUCUUCUUAAAAGGGAAAGAAGAAAUCUGUGUACUCUAUUGUCGGCUUCCAAAGAUUACUAACUUUUAUCUGUAGCACUAAAAUUGAACUCCUUGGCUCUACUGCUACUCUUACUGCUGCUUCCAUUUUUGCCUUCUCCAGAAACCUAAGGCUUUAAGAAGCCAAAGAAUUAACAACAAAUAAGCGCCAUAUUAGAAGCUUUUCCACUAUGAAAUUUAAGCUAAAUGUGCUCACCAUUAUAUUGCUGCCUGUCCACUUGUUAAUAACAAUAUACAGUGCCCUUAUAUUUAUUCCAUGGUAUUUUCUUACCAAUGCCAAGAAGAAAAACGCUAUGGCAAAGAGAAUAAAAGCUAAGCCCACUUCAGACAAACCUGGAAGUCCAUAUCGCUCUGUCACGCACUUCGACUCACUAGCUGUCAUAGACAUUCCUGGAGCAGAUACUCUGGAUAAAUUAUUUGACCAUGCUGUAGCCAAGUUUGGAAAGAAGGACAGCCUUGGGACCAGGGAAAUCCUAAGUGAAGAAAACGAAAUGCAGCCCAAUGGAAAGGUUUUUAAGAAGUUAAUUCUCGGGAAUUAUAAAUGGAUAAACUAUCUGGAAGUGAACCGCAGAGUGAAUAACUUCGGAAGUGGACUCACUGCAUUGGGACUAAAACCAAAGAACACCAUCGCCAUUUUCUGUGAGACCAGAGCAGAGUGGAUGAUUGCAGCACAGACCUGCUUCAAGUACAACUUUCCCCUUGUGACUUUAUAUGCCACACUUGGCAAAGAAGCUGUAGUUCAUGGAUUAAAUGAAUCUGAGGCGUCCUAUCUGAUUACUAGUGUUGAACUUCUGGAAAGCAAAUUGAAGGCGGCUUUAUUAGAUAUCAAUUGUGUUAAACACAUCAUUUAUGUGGAUAAUAAGACUAUCAAUAAAGCAGAGUACCCUGAAGGGUUUGAGAUUCACAGCAUGCAAUCAGUGGAAGAGUUGGGAUCCAAGCCAGAAAACGCGAGCAUUCCGCCAAAUAGACCCACUCCUUCCGACAUGGCCAUUGUCAUGUACACCAGUGGUUCUACUGGCCGACCCAAGGGAGUGAUGAUGCAUCAUAGCAAUUUGAUAGCUGGCAUGACAGGCCAGUGUGAAAGAAUACCUGGACUCGGACCAAAGGACACCUACAUUGGUUACCUGCCCUUGGCUCAUGUGCUGGAGUUGACAGCAGAGAUCUCUUGCUUUACCUACGGCUGUAGGAUUGGUUAUUCUUCUCCACUUACAUUAUCUGACCAGUCCAGCAAAAUCAAGAAGGGAAGCAAGGGUGACUGUACUGUGCUGAAGCCCACUCUGAUGGCUGCUGUUCCGGAAAUCAUGGAUAGAAUUUAUAAGAAUGUUAUGAGCAAGGUUCAAGAGAUGAAUUAUAUUCAGAAAACUCUAUUCAAAAUAGGGUAUGAUUACAAAUUAGAACAAAUCAAGAAAGGAUAUGAUGCACCUCUUUGUAAUCUGUUACUCUUUAAAAAGGUAAAGGCUCUGCUGGGAGGGAAUGUCCGGAUGAUGCUGUCUGGUGGGGCGCCGCUGUCUCCUCAGACACACCGGUUCAUGAAUGUCUGCUUCUGCUGCCCCAUUGGUCAGGGCUAUGGCCUGACAGAAACAUGUGGUGCCGGCACAGUUACUGAAGUUACUGACUAUACUAACUGAAGAGUUGGGAGCUGCCUCUU